UGAUCGAGACAGACGUGUUAGUUCAACGCGUAAAAACUUUUUUUUAUUUAAAGAUUAAAGUCAAUUUUACUUGAAUUGUCUCUAAAUAAGCUAUCAAAUAAAAUAAAACUACCAUAUUAUUGCAAUAUUAAAAUAAAUAGAUUGAAUAAAUCCAACGAAAAUAUUAAAAUUAAAAAGAAUACCAUAAUUGGUGAAAAUGAAAAAUAAACAAAAUUGAAAAUAUCGACCAAAAAAUUGUAUUUAUACAUACUACAUUGAUACAAUGAUAAAAUAAUGAGAUUUGUGAACAUUUUACUAUAAAAUAUAUAUGAUAAAUAAAAAAUAACCUCAAUUAUUGGCCUCACAAAAAUAAUAUAAAUAAAAUAAAUACAAACAACAUCGUACACAUACAAUCGCAUAUACAUAUAGUAAAAAAAAUAUAAGUUUUAUUAUAAAAAGUUGCUUUGCAUUUGAUAAAGAAAAAACCUAAGAUAAGCGAAAAAGUUUAGAUUAGUUAACUUUACAAAAAAAAACUUAUUUAAUGAUUCAAUAACAAUUGACCGUCGAAAGUGCCAAAAUGAGUGUAAGUGUGAUACGCCCUCAGACUUCCAAUCUGUACAAGGUCCAAUCAAAGGUGAUACUGAAAUCGCCAAAACCUAGUUUUGCUGCUGCUAAAAUUAAAAGAAAUUUAUUCGGCACUGUCGAUCAGGAAGAAAAUAAAAAAUUCGUAACUCAAGAGUUAUGGAAAUUGCAAAAACAAGCAACUGAAAAAUGGGGUUUCGAUUUUCAAAAAGAAAGACCAUUAGACAGUUCGCGAUUACAAUGGAUCUCGACAAAACCUCAGCCAGCAGUUUAUGCACUUACACACGCAGCACACGUUAUUUGUCAUAUCGACAGCGAAAGUACAAGCUCCGGCGACAUCAGUGACUUUGAUAGUCCUGAAAAGCUAAUGGAUGAACGCGCUGAUCGUGCCAACAAUUAUCGUGAACCUACCAAAAAAAUCUGUGAUACAACAACGCCAUCAGUAAUCAAGCCCACAGCAUUCAAGCCUGUUAUCCUCGAUAACGGUAGCUCCCUUACAAAAUCAAAACCAAGUCGAAGAUUGUCUACUCCGAGUCCCAUUCAGAAGCAUCAAGAAAAGCGACAGCCAAAAAUAACUGAUUUCUUACCAGAAAAGAAAAAGUCAUUGACAACAUCAUCCUCUGCCAAAAAAUUAUCAAGCCACAAUCCAUUGAUAUCUCAAUACAUGACGCGGAGAUCAAGUAGCAGCCAUAAACCAUCGUUAAGUCAAUGAACCGUCAGUACCAAAAGCAACUAAUUUAAUGGAAAAUGUACAAUAAUAAUAAUUAUUAUUCUUUAAGUAUAUAAGAGAUAGAUUAUAAGACAUAAUAUUAUACACACUUAAAGAGCUUUCUAUUUGAAUAUACAUAGCUUAAGUUUAAAGUAACAUAAGUAAAGUAUAUUCAAGAGAAAAACAGAAGCACAACAAUUUUACUAUCAAUGUAUGUAAUAUGUAUUUAACUACUGACUAAAGAAGGAUAAAGAAGAGGAGAAAAAAAUGCAUUAAAUUUAUGAUUAUUGCACUUGCUAUUGGUAGUUAAGAAACGAACAACACAAAGCCUUUAAUUAGCAAGACCUUCUUUCACAUGAUAUUAAAAUUGUUUUGCUAUUGCGUUCUUUGAAUAAACCCAACACGAUUAAUGUACAUAGUGAAAUAAGAUAGAGAUAAGAAUGAGAGAUUUUUUUGUCGUGGCAACUAGUUUUAAAUACUUUGGUUACAUGACAUAAAAAUGUGAGGACAAUGGGACAGGAUUUGCAAAAAUAAUGAUGAUAAUUGAAGCUUAUACUUUUGUUUUGAAAAAAAAGUGUAUCACAGAUUUUUUUUUGAUAAUUUUUUUUAAAGUAGCGUAUAGCUCAAAUCAGGCUCAAGCAUGAUAAUAAGAAAACAAUAAACGAUUUAUAAAACUUUUCAA